CCUGCCGACCCCGCCCUCCAGCCCGGAAUAAAACCGUGGCCCGCGGCGCCCCACGCCCGUCCACCCAUCCGGCCGUCCAUCAGCCCACCAGUCCGGCACCUACCCGCCGAAGCUCCCGAUCUGCCCCUGGACCCCAGCCCACCCCUGGAGACGAUGGCGACGGAGCCCCUGACGGAGCUGGAGGCGGCGAUUGAGACUGUGGUGACCACCUUCGUCACCUUCGCCGGGCAGGAGGGCCGCAAGGGCAGCCUCAAUGCCAGCGAGUUCAAGGAGCUCGCCACCAAGCAACUCCCGCACCUGCUGAAGGACGUGUCCCUGGACGAGAAGAUGCGGAGCCUGGACGUGAACCAGGAUUCGGAGCUGCGCUUCCACGAAUACUGGAGGCUGAUCGGGGAGCUGGCCAAGGGGCUGAGGAAGGACAAGAUGGCCAAGAAGAAGUGACGGACGAGGGUCCGGUCGGCCGGCCGGGUGGAGCCGGGCGCGGGGGAGGGAAGCGGUCGAGCUGAACAACGGAAAUAAAGUCAGCCCCCCUCACCAAA